CGAGACAAUCGAGAGCUCCGUGUAUUGUACCGCGAAUCCAUUCCAUUUUCUCUCUGUCUUGUUCAAUCGUCGAUCCAGCUCCGUAGUCUGUGGACCUUCCUACUACUUGUAUUGCAGUCAGUCAGACAGUCAGAUAGUGAACAUUUGGUUUGUGCCCAAGUUCGAAACUCUUCUGUUCUCAUCACAAAGACAUUCAUCGUCAGUCCCAUCAUAAGCGUAAUCACUCAAGUUGAGAGUUAUUUGCAACCAAACCCACCAAACAUCAUCUCAUUGCCAACCAUCUAAUAUCCAUAAUGUCGAACCAAGACAAAGACAGUGGGCCCCUUCAACGCCCCAGUGCCCAAGAUUACGCCGACAUCAAUGCCCAAGCCGGGCCCCAUGUCUCUUUUCAAGAGCAUAUGAUGAACAAUCCCUUUCCGGUUAUUGGCAGUUUGGGCGGCAUCGGUGUAUUGGCCUACAUGAUCCGUGGUUUCCGCCACCGUGAGAAGAAUAUGCCCAUUUCCAUGUAUCUUAUUCACACUCGUCUGGGAGUCCAGUUGACCGUGGUCGGUGUCUUGACUUUGGGGAUGACCGGUCAUUUGUGGACGGACAAAAUCUCGCCGUGGCUGGAACACCGACGGCAGUCGGAGGCUGCCGCUGCAGACUCCAAGAAGUGAGCGAUCUGCCUCUGUAAGCGUUAAUUAGUGGAACCGCCCCCACCCUCUUCAAGAACGGUCAAAAUUUGUCAACAGGCACCACACAAAGCAUUGCUCCCUGGACUUCAAAAAGCAACUGGGGGUUCGAUUUCGAAUUAGAAGCUUGUCACUUUCUCGUCGUCUUUUUGGAUGAGUCGUUAGUGGCUCAAAGAAACGAAAUAUAUGCAUCACUGCGAUCAGAAA